AUGGAGCCCUGUGGAUUAGUCGGUUAUCGCGAACUGCCUGUGAUUCAAAAGCAUUCCUCCAAAUGUCGGGAAUUUAAAAUUCACACGGGCAUCGGCCAAGCCAGUUUGGAGGUCGUGUCGGUUCCCGAGAAAGCAGGUGGACUCGUUUUCCAAGCCCCCUUCUCGUCGAGAUUCAUCCAUUGGAGGACACAGCAAGGCGCCAUCGAGCUAGUCGAGGAGAGCCUCGACUCAAAACUCCAGGGCUACCGGAUACGGAUACGCUUUGUCAGUACACCUAUAUUGGGGGACUCGGUCUCCCUGUUCGAAUCCGGACGAUGCGUGGUUCUGUUGCUCUGCUCGGUGGGUUCGAUCCACCGGAUCGCGUUCCCCCAUCCGUCGCUCCUAGACAAGAAUCGAAGUAUUUUCGCAGACUUCACGGCCUCCAUGCUGCAGGAUUUCCAUCGACCGUCCAUCUCCGGGCAGAUCACAAUGUGCAGUAACUACCUCACAGCAUCCAAUGAUGCGAUGUUUGUGCUUGGUACGGCAACGUCUCUCCAACUUAUCACGUUCUACGCUUCAGGAGAGGUGCAGACUAAAGAACUGCAGAGAACUCGAACGAUCAAGAAACGCCUGACGGGCAUGUUGCCAAACGUGAUCAGGCCGCGGGAAGGUUGCGACGAGACGCCCGCUGCGGUCGCAUGCCUCGAACACGACAACGAUUUCUUCGUGGUCGCCAUAUGCAACGACCAGAGGCUCUGCGUCUGGUCCGUGAUCCGCGACGAACUGGUAGCCAACGAGAGCCUCGCGGAUCUCAUGGGGCCGGAAGCCGGUUUCGUGGAAGGCGGUGGAGCGCCUCAAAUGAAACGAGUCAUCAACAUGAAUCUCCUCCUGGUGCAUUCUCAUGGAUGCUUCGCGAUCCUCAAACCUCAAAUUGGCGUCGGAUGCACUUUCAAAUCGCUGAUGUCCGCGCCGUUCCCGGAGGCUAACGUAGUGGAUUUCGCUGCCGAUUCGUCGCAUUUGUGGGUCCUGUACCUGAAUACUCAAGGGGAACCCGUGAUGGCUUCUACCGAUUUCUCGGAGUCCGACACCCUACAGUGGAAUGCCGUGCAUUGGGCUGAUCCUAUAAAUUCCGAGCGGAAGACUCAUCUGAUGGACGGGACUCUGAGUGAAACGUAUUUAGACAGAAUCUUCCGAGGGGACUGUUUCACGCCGAAUGCUCUUGCCAAGACUGUGACUAUUUUCCGUAGGACGGAGUUCGCGGAUAAACUACCAGCUCACCGUGGAUCCCUACGAGAGGAAAUUUUGGAACUUAUUCGUCUUGCCAUCGAAAAACGUCUUGACUUGGGCAUGGACGAAGAGGAAGCUCAAGUGGACGCCUACGAAAAAUUCGUCUCGUACUGCAUCCAAUACCACACGGAUGGAAUCAAACCGUUGGGUUUCAUUCUCAGUGACUACUUGGUUGCGGUCAUCAAAGCUGAACAGAUCGGUAUCAUCCAGGAGUGUGACGAAGCCGAACGAGUUUUAUUGUCGAACAGCCUCGAAAGUUCUUUUCAGAACGGGGGCAUCGAACAAUUUGUAGAUUGUCUCCGACUUGUAAAUAAUCACCUCGACGAUGAGGCCUUAGAUAGUUUGUCUAUAGACGUUUUUAAUAAUAACUCGCUGGAUAGCACCGUUUGGCAAUUAGCCGCCGUGAUCAACGCCAAGCCCGAAUUCAGCGGCCCCUUCAUAAAUAUUGCUAAAACGAUCGGUAAAGCUUGGUCAGAAAGUUUGUCCCGCUUGAUUGUACUGAUCGACAGCGAGGUCAGCUAUCCACCGGACAGUCCAAGCGACGUCCAGGCCGACACUUUCUCUGGACCGCUCGGUAUCACGCUCUUAGCGCAGAACAUCUACCAGAGAGCCAGCCUGAUGUACGAUCUCUGUCGGCGACUAGUUGUUUUUGAAGCACUCCUGGUUCUCAACCACGACAAAAUCGGCAUUCCCCCGAGCAGUUCACAUAGCAUCAAAACGGAGCUCCUCAACUCCACGAUCUACACUCUGCGAUGUUAUUUCCUCAUACUGUGGGCCUGCGAGAUGGAGACAGAUAAUUCCGAUAGCUUCAGCGGCCGACUCAAUAGCCUUUCGAUCGGAGGAUCGCUCAGAGCGUCAGCGCAAACCGUCAUGGAGCUUUUCCUCGCCAAUGAUAAUACGGCGUCGCUGCUGGCUCAGAAGAAGCUGGGACCUCACAGGGACUUCUUUUCGCUGCUGUUCGAAAUCACUCGAUACAACUGCUGUCUCCUCAGUCCGUCCCCGGAAAGCAGCUAUCAACUGCUGCAGGUGCUCAUGCAGAAGCAACAAUACAGCCAACUGCAAGAGCUGCUUCGACUCCUCGAGUGGGACACCGCUCGGAGAGGGUUGAAGAAUUUCAUUCUGGCGCACGCUCUGCUCAAAUGCGGAGAAAUCGACCGAGCCUGCGAUGUGUUCAUCGAAUUCCACGACGAAGCUAUAGUGGAUCCUUUCGUCGUCGAGGAAAUCGGGCAGAAAGACUCGGAACUAGUGAGCAUAACCUAUUACCAGAAGAUCAUCAGUGUGCUCGAAAGCAUGGGCUGCACCGACCAGAUUAUCCGAGUCGCCGAGGCCGCCCUGGCAACUGACCCUCCAUGCCCCUAUACCAUCGAACUGCACUGCCUCAUGUUCCGCCACGAGCUGCUGCAAGGGAGGAUACAGAAGGCAUGCCAAGCCCUGUCCUGCGUUGCCGAUCAGGAAAUGCAGCGAGGCUGCUUACGAGAGUUAGUGAGCUCCUCGUUGGAGACAAAACAACACUCUGUCCUCGUCGAGUUCGCGGAGAGGAACCUUCGACCGGAGCUCUUACACAUCAUGACCCAUCGGGCUCGUUCCAGCGACUUGAACGCUGAAACGUCGCUCUACGAUCUGUUGUAUUGCUGCCACAUCCGGGAUCGGGAUUUCAGAGAAGCCGCUUCGAUCAUGUUCGAGCAGGGCUUGCGGCUCAGUCGGGAACUUCAAGGACUCGGAAGCUUGGCGAAACAAGAACUCUGCUUCCUCACCGCGAUCAGUUGCUUGCAACUUCUAGACGACAGAGGCAUAGUCCGACCGAAGACGAAGAGGGACAUAUCGAUGGAAGUGGAGGACACCGAAGAUAUCGAGAGCACCAUGGAAGUUUUGGAGCUGCCAGCGUUCGAGAAAGAGCUCGCCUUGGUACAAAGUUGGAUGAAACUCAUGGAAGCGGAUAAGAACUUAGCAACACCGAUCAGUCCGGAAGAAACGGUCGCUCUGCUGAUCCGUCAUUCCAUGUACGACACGGCUGUGCAGCUAUGCGAGCUCUUUGACGUGGAGAGAGCCUCGCUGCUCGAACACGUUGCCCUGGCUUGCUGCAGAGCCCCGAUGGAGCACGAAAACGUGAACGAUAUCGGUCCGAGGAAUCCUGAGUGGAUCCUCGAGAACACCGAGUUCGUCAAUUCCAUCCCGAAGGCAGCGUGGUUCUUCCUGCGUCACCUCCUGCUGAAAAGUAAAGGAACGAAAUACUUCCGUGUGUGCGCCAGGGUAUUCUUGCUUUCGGCCUGCAGUCUGCCGGCGUGGUUCGUUGUCGAGUACCAACGACGCAACGCCACGGAGCUGCUUAAAGUGUACAUAACGUUCGAAAGACUCAUCGAGGCGACAGAGCUGGCUUGUCAGAUGAUCGACGCCAACCUGGGUAAGAACCCGGAACUGUUCAAUAUCUCAGACACUGUCGCGACCGGUAAACCGGUCUGGUUACCGAUGCACAUCAUUGACGGCCUCCAGUACAAGCUCCACCAGGCGGAGGGCAAGAGAGCCCCACAGCUCAGAGAUACGCUAUUAUCUAAACUCGAUGAGAUGUUCAAGAAGGUUGAGAAUGUUUCCAAAAUCCGAUAGCAGGUCGGAUGAAUUAUAAUUUCAAUACAUCUGCAUUGUUAUUUUUCUCAGAAAUAAAGGAGCUGAAUUGAGCAGCGACGAUCCGCGUUCUCUCGCGAAUGCGAAUAAAAUGCCUGCC